CCUGCUUUCUAAGUUCAUGCGCUAUAGGGAUCGGCUCAGAAAGCACACACAUAAUAAUUUUGUACGUACCAGCAAUUGCGACUAAGAUUUAGUAUCUCUUAUCAAGUGCUUCUGGUCACUUCAUUUAUACCUGAAUUCAUUCCGUGUAAAAUUUCCAUACCUGUGACACCUUUGGGACGUUUUUAAUUUUUUGCCAAAAUGAGUCUUCGUCUCCCGCAGUCACUUGCAAUUGUCUCCAGGUACAUCCGGAAGUCACCUGUGCGGUGCUCCACAUUCCCACGGCGGCUCCUGGAUGGUACAACAAAAGGACUUUCCACGGGGUUACCCAAGUUGGACAAAGAAGAGAUUGACGUGACUUUCGUGAAAGCGAAUGGUGAACGGGUAAAUGCAAAAGCCAAGGUUGGGGACACACUCCUGGACACGGUUGUUAACAAUAGUAUCGAUUUGGAAGGUUUUGGAGCAUGCGAAGGUACACUCACCUGCUCCACGUGUCAUCUCAUCUUCAAGCAGAAGGACUUUGAUGAUUUGCCGGAGAAGCCAAGCGACGAGGAGCUCGAUAUGUUGGAUCUAGCGUACGAUCUCACAGACACAUCGCGUCUCGGAUGUCAAAUUACCCUUACAAAGUCCAUGAAUGGCCUAGAGGUGCAAGUUCCAGCCACAAUAAAUGAUGCCAGGAGUUAAUACAUCGCAUCCUGGAAAAGGUCAAUUACUGUCUGUAAAGAAGAUGAAGAAGAACAAUUCAGGGGAGGAGCAAAGUAUCAAGGAAGAAAGGAUAAAAAUAACUCUUGUUUCGCUCUUAAAUCAAUUUAUUUCAAUUUCUUUCUGUUA